AUUUCCGUCCUGGUCCUGUCGCUGAUUUUGUCAUGCAUCGCACAAUUCCAUCCUUGUGUUCUACCGUAGCACUCUCUCUACGCAGUUGCAAACAACAAUCCUCAAUCGAAUUUUAUAACAAGCGAGACAAUGAUGAACUGGAAGCUGAUCUUGAUGUCGCUGGCUUGCCUUUGGGUCGGUGCAGUUCGGGGUGAAGUUUCUCUUGGAAUUCUUAGUGGCGGCAAGAGUGACGAGAUGGACGUCGGUGGAGAAGUCGUUGUCAUUUCGGAUCAAGUGAUUGAGAUUCGAGACUUUACAUACAACGGAGAAGCCCCUGAUGCCUUGUUUUGGGCCGACAAUAACGUUGAACCGAGCAAGGACGGACUCAUGUUGCUCCCAGCAAGUCAGAAUUGCAGCGCUCUCAAGUUGGAAGCCUACGACGGAAGCCAGACCCUCAGUGUGGAGUUCCCAGAAGGAACCAAAGUGACCGACUAUUUGGGUGGAAGUAUUUCUGUUUGGUGCCGUGCCAUGCAAGUCAAUCUGGGGCAGAUCGUGAUGCCAGCAACGUUGGAUAUUGGGCUUUUUGAUGCCGUUCCCACAGUUUGUUCCGCUCAGGAACUGUCGUUCUUGGACAGCAUACUGGCAAGACUCAAUGUUUUCUGGGAGGUAGUCCAAUGGCUCAUUGUCGACUAGACUGCCAUUCGAGAAUUUGGAAGAAACUGAACCGGCUAGAUUGCGGCGGGACAUUGGCUAGAGGCUCCUGUACGAAAGUCGCCGCCGACCAGAAAGAACAAAGUAGCAACCAAAUGUAAAUAAUCUACUCAGUGGACGAGCAUUGAGCUCUGUAGCUCGGCGUGCACCAAAUUUUUAGAAGCAGACGCUGCUGUUGCGGAACAGAUCUACUAGGGCGUCGUCCACAACCUUUCGUUUCAACAGAAGAUUUUCUGCCGAGGAUCUAAUUCGUGAGCUGCCCGUUGUAUCUAGCGGUGAAAAGGCGUCGCUGACCAGCAGUCAUUUAUGCCAGCUUUUUUGUGGCACGUGCCUAGUCGAGGGCUAAGAGCGUUAAGUGUUGACGCAAGUGGGAACGGCGGACGCAUAAGUCGAGGCGCAACCUGGCCAAGAGCAUGACCGUCGGGGAAGUGGGGCACAUAAGUAAAGCCGCUUUUUCCAAAUUUUUGAAGAAAUUGGCACGUGGCCCAGCUAGAGCGUCCCCGAAAAAACGUUUUGUC